UCACUGCUAUGGGAGACUAGUCCCUCUGUGAUUCUGAGGUCACUGCUAUGGGAGACUAGUCCCUCUAUGAGCGGAGGUCACUGCUAUGGGAGACUAGUCUGUCUGUGAGCGGAGGUCACUGCUAUGGGAGACUAGUCUGUCUGUGAGCGGAGGUCACCGCAGGUCCUCGUAACAUUAGUUCUCAGCGUGUUUUCCUCGUGGCUCCUCAGCUGUCUGAACCAGCUGGUUCCCAUUUAUUCUGUUUGUCUGACAUCAAGAGCAGCGACGGGGGCUCGGUAAAACGCUUUCUCUCCUGACCCAAGCCGGGAAGAGGGGCAUUCAUGCUUCGUGUUGACAGCCCUUUUUUUCCCCUUUUGAAGGAGUAUAGAAAAAAGGAGAAUUUACCGCUCACUGAGCCCAGUGAAUAUUAAACGGAAUGUACACAAUGCAAGUAGCAAAUGAGCACUUGGAGUACAAUGACUAGAUACCAUGCAGCAAUAUAAAUAUUCUAAAGGGAUAUAGAGUUGUAAAUACAAUUGUAAGCAGUAAUCCAAAGUGUACCGAAUUCAGUAUGAAUCUGAAUUACUUGCUGCCAACAAUUUUUACUGUUAAAAAAUAUGGUUUUCUUGGGCUGCUGGGUGGCUCACUGGGUUAAGGCACCGUUCUCUGGUGAAUGGAUGAGCCCUAGGGUCUCAGAUCAAAUCUGGACUGUCCCACGGGACGACGUGUAAUUAGCGAUAGCAUUGCCCAGGGAUGGCAAUGUUCAGUUGUGUGAAGGCCUGUGUUUCAUCGCUCUCUAGCGACCCCUGCUGGUUGAUUGAGGGCUACUUGCCAAAGCCACACAGGAAAUGUGUUCCUCUGACUCUGCUCUGUGGAUAGCUGGCAGGCUGGAGACACCGUGCAUUUCGGAGAAGAACCACGGCUGUCUAUGCCCACUUCAACAGCUGGGGUCGCCCCAUGUACACAGCUGUAAAUAUUUAAUUUGCCAUUUUCAAAUUAAAGUGGGAAUUUGAUAUGCCAAGUUUUAAAAAUACAUAAUACGACAAAUUAACAAAAUAUCAGUGGAUAAUGGACGUAUUUCUUGUGAGUGACGGUGAGCAUGUUUAUUGUGGAUGGUGGACAGUCAAAAAGGGGUGAUGAGCGAAGUCAGUGCAGGAAUUAAGAAUGUAGGGUAUUAAUGAAUGGACACAUUUCUUUUGCUGGCUUUGUUUUGACUCUACUGCCAUCUAUAUGUCGGAGGAGUCAUUUCACCCCUUUGUUCAAAAUCACCUAACGAUCCUGCCGUUCACUGCACCCCCCUGAUUUGGUUAAAGCAGACUUAUUUGGUUAACAAAGCAAGGCCGCUGACCGGAAAACCCCGUGCCUUAUCUCGGCUCAGCCGCGUCGAUCCUGAAGCGGGAGAAGCGCAUGAGGCGGAGGAACGUCCACUUCGAGAAGGUGACGGUGUACUACUUCAGCCGGCGCCAGGGCUUCACCAGCGUGCCCAGCCAGGGCGGCAGCAGCCUGGGCAUGGCCAGCCGCCACAGCUGCGUCCGCCAGUACACCCUGGGCGAGUUCGCCCUGGAGCAGAAGAGGAUCCACAGGGACAUGCUCAGGGACCACCUGAAGGAGGAGAAGCUCAACUCUAUUAAACUCAAGCUGACGAAGAACGGCACGGUGGACUCGGAGGAAGCCAGCGUGCUGACGGUGGACGACAUCUCGGACGACGACAUCGACCUGGACAACGCGGAGGUGGACGAGUACUUCUUCCUGCAGCCGCUCACCACCAGGAAGCGGCGGGCCCUGCUGCGCUCAUCCGGCGUGAAGAAGAUCGACGUGGAGGAGAAGCACGAGCUGCGCACCAUCCGCGUGUCACGGGAGGACUGCGGCUGCGACUGCAGGCUCUUCUGCGACCCCGAGACCUGCGCCUGCAGCCUGGCCGGGAUCAAGUGCCAGGUGGACCGCAUGUCCUUUCCCUGCGGCUGCUCCAAGGAGGGCUGCAGCAACACUGCCGGCAGAAUCGAGUUCAACCCCAUCCGGGUGCGGACUCACUUCCUGCACACCAUCAUGAAGCUGGAGCUGGAGAAGAGCCGCGAGCUGCACAAGGACUCCGCCCCCAACGGUUACCCGGGAGACGGCGGCCCCCUGGCGCACGCCCAGCGGGGCCUGGAGUACCCGCUGGCGGACGGGGUCCCGCAGGCCGCCCUCAUGCGCCUGCAGGCCGCCGAGGAGAUGGACGAGCCCGUCGAGGAGGAGGAAGAGGAGGAGGACGAGGAUGACGACGACGAGGAGGACGACGAUGACGAGGAGGACGACGGAGACGAGGACGAAGAGGACGGCGACAGCCUGUGCAGCGGCCUCACCGACUCCAGCACCCAGAGCCUGGCCGCCAGCGACACCGAGGAAGACGAGGACGACGAGGACAGGUCGGACGACCCGGAGGACCGGGUCAGCAUGCCCCCGGUGUCCCACACCGAGGUGGUGCCCCUCUCGUCCGUGCUCUGUUUCUCCGAGGCGGCGGCGCGCGACGGCCGCGCUAACGGCUACUUCGCCGGCCCCUCCGCCGACUAUUACCCCAUGCAGAACUCCGGCGCUGCCGCGGUCGCCGUCAACGGCUGCCGAACCCCCGAGCCCUACGCCGAGGCCUCGCCUUUCCGCGACAGAGCCGCCAGCCGCGGCGACUCCGCGCCCCCCCUCGGCCCCUUCGACGCCGGCUCGGAGCAGUACGCCGCCUUCUCCGGGCGGCCCGAGGAACAGUACGCCGCCCACCACUUCCCUCCGGCCAACGGGGGGCCCUCCGUCGUCCUCCACUGCGCGCCCGACCAGGAGAGCAACGUCCAGCCCAGCGGGGUCUACGGCGAGGAGCCCGGCGUCCGCUCCAAGAUGGAGUUCCAGAACUACUUGAACAAUAACUCGCAGGGCCGCUACGCCGGCGACGGGAACUGCUUCGUGUCCGCGCAGCCCGAGGACGGCUCCAGCGGCCUGUCCGGCAGCUCCUCUUUGACAGAGGGCAAGAAGAACCAUCUGUCUCUAGAGAGCUUUCCAAAAGUCACGCCGGUUUAAGUGUGCCCCGGCCAUUUUAGGAAUAUUGGUUUAAUCAAUUUAAGUGAACAAUCGAAGGUAAUGAUCGUGUGAUUAAACGAUGCGAUUUGCGGGGAAGUAUGAAUCUGGCAUUUACCUAAAUUUCAGUUCAUUUUAUUUGUAUAGCGCUUUUUACAGAUACUGACACAAAGAUGAUUUACAGAGAAAAUGGAGAAAAGAAUAGGGAUCAUUUUUUUCGUUUGUUGGAAGCAAAUGGAAGCUUACUUGAAAAUUUCAUUUUUAAAUGUUUGCCUGUUUUACAUGAUGGUUCAAGCUCCAAACACAUUUUUCCUUUUGGAACAACGAUUUAAAAUGCAAAAUGAGAACCAAUAAAUACAAAUUGUGAGCUUUAGGGCAGUUUAAUGUAAGUAUCUCAAAGGAAAGCAAUCUCAAAACAAAAGUUCUAGUUUUAAGUAAAUAUUGUUGAUAGGACUUUUAUAUGUCCACGUGUCAGUGUGUUGAAAAAAGUAUCGUUGCAGUGUAUUUAUGGGUUAAUGAAGUGUAUGUAAAAAUAUACAUUUUGAUAAUGAAAAGCAUGUUAUUUUUGAGCUUGAUGACAUUUAUGACAUUGACAAUAUGGGUUUAUAUAAAUCUGUAUCAAUGUACUGUACAAUAUUUUAGCCGUUGUCACAUCUACUGUGUGCUUUUCUAUCGUUUGUAAAAGCAUGAAACUGGCACUGAAUAUUUUGGUUGUCAUUUGCUUUUGGCUAAAAUGCCAGAAGCACAAAUCGAUCUGAUACAUUAAUUUAAAAAAACAAAGAUACACAACUUGCACUUUUCUAUGCUUGCAUCUGAGAGGGGGCAGUUGCCAUGUAAUUUUCUUAAAGUACUUGAACCAUGAUGAAAUUUGUUGACCACAGGUGUAAUUUAACUUGAUUUUCAGCGUCUCUUCUAAUGUUUAUUUUUCAUGAAUUUGCUUAGAUCAUUUCUAAAGGCAAUGUAAAAAUGUGUUUGCUAUGGCAACAUGAAAGAAUGACAGAAAGCUGUAAAAAAAAAGGAUUAAUUUCCAGCAAUCACUUUUUGAUAUAGCCUUAUUGUACAUUAUCAUAUAAAGCGAGAACACUGAUUCUCAAUCAUGGCAUUUUGACACACAUUAAGGGCAUUGUGAUAUAUCAUGAGAAAUGCCAAUGAACAUGUAUGUCAAAUUGGAACUGAAAUUAAUAUUUUCUGAAAGGGGAACAUUUUUUCCAAAGUGGUUCCCUGGGAUUGAAGUUUUAUGCUCCAAGCACAAAUCAUUCAUAGUGAUUGACCACCGUAAUGCUGAUUUUCAAAUGCCUGGUAAAUCCAACCAAUCAUUUUACUGUUUUUUCCCCACCAUAGAAUGUGCCCUAAAAGUGUGCUGGAAGCAACCUCCUUCUAUCAACGAUAAUACAUCUUUUAGCUUAAGAUGUGAUGGGUCUUACACAUAUUAGCUACAUUUGCAAGUUCUCUACAAGUACAGGGUAUAUUACCUGAUAGGCCAAAAUUCUGUCGGAACCAAAAUUGAAUUUGAUGUUUGAAUCAGUCGAGGUCAUAAGCUGUUUAGAUAAAACUGAAUGGUUCACAAAAGGGCCAAUAGCACUUUCUUGUGUAUGGUACUUUGUGUAUGAGAGCGAUAAACUAUAGUAGAUUGAACAUGGUUAUUCAUCGUAAGUGUUGUCAUGAAGCCAUGCAGUCCGCACUUGGAGAAAACAUGGAUGCUGUUUGUGUUCAUACAAAGAUGAAAGAUUUAAACAUAGGAAACGUAUUUCUGAAUAAUUUAAAUAUCUAUUCCUUGAGAGUGCAAUAGCAUCUGGAAAGAGAGUGCAAUGAACAGCUAUGUGAUUGUUAUGUUUACAAUGGCUUUGACCGCACCACAAACACACAUACAUGCACUGUGUGUCUACACUGUAGUAACUUGAAAUGAAAAUGAGGUUUGCACACCGGACAAAAGUAAAAAAAUAGAAAAAACAGGUGCUUGGAGAAAAGAGUAAAUGUAUUAAAAAUAUAUGCUCCUGCACACUAUCUUGCACUGACUCUCUUAUUAAAUAACAAUAAAUGUUUUGGGCACUUCGAAACGUUUGUUGUUAUUUAAUAUAAGAGUUUGUGCAAGAUACAGUGUGUGGGAGCAUAACUUUAAAAUAUUUUUACAAUGUAGUAAAAUGGAUUUUAAAAAGUAUUUUCUACACCAAGGGCAUUAGCACCAUCUAUAUGUUGAGUGACGUCACACAGCAAAACAAAUCUCCUUAUUUCUGUGGCUUUUCCAUUACUCUUGAUAUUAUACAAUCCUCAGAUCAUUUAUCGUUUUCAUCAUCUGCACUUACAAUGCCAAACAGAUCAUUGUUGACCAAUCAGCAUGUACUGUUAUCAGUACUCUGUUUAUCAGUUAUGCCUAGCACACCCAUUAUGAACCCAACACCUUAUGUGUGGCCUGCUCUGGAAUUGGAGGAGAAUAUCACCAUUUGUAUGACCACCAUAUGAUGACUGCAACACUUUCUGAGCAUUUAAGCUUAGUUACAGUGCCACCUGCUGGUGAGCAGUACUAUGAAGGUUUUAAUUUCAAGGCAUACAAAAUCACCUACUGUAUUUUUGUCAAAACACUAUUUCUUUCUCUCUCUUGUGCUUCUGUCAUUUGUCUUGAUAGGUGUCAGUGGGUAGAUCAGAACUUUCCUGACCUUGCUGCAGCACUGACCUCCUCAACUGCUUCUGUCUGUUGUGUACUUUACCUCUGGGUCUGUGCUCAUGUCUUGGCUCUACACUUGGACACUUGGUUUCCACUUGCUAUGCUAUUGAAUCGUAUAUUUUUCAUUGGCUGUCGGCAGUUGUGCCAUCAUCAUAGCCAGUGAAGCCCAACACUGGACAUGAUUAUAGAAAAUAUUAACUCAGACACUUCCUGGCUAUUCUUAUAAAGUGGAUGUGCUCCUGAUAUAAGUUCUAAUAUGCUGAUUCAUAGUACAUACACCAAAUUUCAAAAGGAAUCCUCACAAAAAAUUAGCUAUUAAAAGAGCCUUUGACAGGUAAAAUCACUGCACUGAUGGUUUAAAGAUUCCCACAAAACUGGCAUCACUAAAUAUUUAAUAAAAUCUUAACUGCUCCACUGAUUCUCUGAUAAAGUAUUACCAUCAUUACUUUUUCAAAUAGAUAAAUUAUGGUGGCAUCUACAUGUACUGCAGGGGUGAAUGAUUGGCAUAUACCUUUUAGGUUUGAGCCAAAAAUAUAAGAACUGGCAAACAGGGAGGUGGCAUAUGAGUCAGUGUUAUUCUGCUGUAUGUAUAAUUUCAGUAUUUAUUACAAAUUAUAUUGAAACGGUGUAUUUAUUGUGGUUUAUUGCAAAAGUAUGUAUUGGGGGGAAAAAAGGAGUUAAAUUCAGUCUUAAAUUGUUUCAUAAUAAUUGUAACUCGACUAAAUGUGCCUGUUGUGUUCAAUUCAGCUUUGAUCUGGUUGAUCUAACCAUGGAAAUCAACACAAAUGAAAAGAUUCCAGAUUCUUAUUUGCACAAACAUUUGCUAAAUGGCUAUUAAAAUGUAUUUUGAUUUUUAUCCCAAUGAGAAUGAGAUCUGCAAUGUUUAAUUUAAUUUAAUUACAUUUUUGUUUUCCACAAGUCCAGGCUUUUAAAUAAAUGAAAACAAAUCUUGA